AUGCGCAUCUCGGCCACCGUCUCCGCCUUCGCCCUCGCCCUCCAUCUCGGGGGUGUUGCGGCCCUUGGUCCUCGCCAGGAGGAGUCCAGCAGCAACGACGAGAAGGCUACCGUCUUCGUCGCCAAGAGCUUCAUCAUCGAGUACGCUCCUGGGUCGAGUGCCCGUGUUCGUCGCCAGAACGUCGCUUCCACGGACGGCAUCAAGGUCGUCAAGGAGUUUGCCAGCGAUGUCUUCUCUGGCGCCAGCAUCGAGACGGAUACCUUCACCAUCGACACCCUGCAGGAGCUCCCCGACGUCCUCAACGUUUGGGUUAACGAGGAGGUCAAGCUUGCUCCUACCGAGCCCCGGGCUGCCGCUCCCGAGGAUGCUCCCACGUAUUCGACGCACAACGCCACUGGUGUAGCCAAGCUUCACGCUGAGGGCAUCUUUGGCAAGGGCGUCAAGGUUGGUAUUGUUGAUACCGGCAUCUGGUACAACCACCCUGCUCUCGGCGGUGGAUUCGGCCCCGGCUUCAAGGUUGCCGACGGCUACGACUUUGUCGGAGACGGGUCGUACCCGGCCAGCGGUCCCAAGGCUCCUGAUGAAGAUCCUCUCGACACCCGCGGUCACGGUACUCACGUCGCCGGUAUUGUUGCUGGCAAGACCGACUCUUGGGUCGGUGUUGCUCCUGAGGCAACUCUUCACGCUUACAAGGUCUUCUCCAACGCCGCCUCCACUGACACGGCCACGUUGAUUGAGUCCUUCCUCGCUGCUUACAGCGACGGCGUCGACAUCAUCACCGCCAGUAUUGGUGGUGCUAACGGGUGGUCUAACAACGCCUGGGCCGAGGUCGCCUCUCGUUUGGUCGAUGAGGGUGUCGUCGUCACCAUCUCUGCUGGAAACAGCGGUGCCAACGGCCCCUUUUACGGCAGCUCCGGGUCUUCCGGGAAGAAUGUCAUUGCUGUGGCUUCUGUCGAGACCGAGGUCUUCCCUGCUAUUCCUUUUGAGGCUACUUACGGUGGUAGUAAGACUGUCCGCGUGGGAUACCUCCCCUCCGCUGGCUACUUCCCUCCGACCAUUGUUGACUGGCCCAUCGUCGCCCUCAACACCGACACCAGUGCUACUGCUGAUGGAUGCACUCCCUACCCCGCGGGUAGUCCCGACUUGACGGGCAAGAUUCCCCUGGUCCGUAGAGGAACUUGCACCUUCCAGGUUAAGCAGGAGAAUCUUGCUGCUCUAGGUGCUGAGUACAUCCUCAUCUACAACAACGAAUCCCCCAUGACCACCCCCGGCACCGGCAACACCGACACCCAGAUCGCUCUAAUCACUGCCGAGUCUGGAGCAUCUUUCAUCGAGGCCAUCAAGGCCAACACCACCGUCACUGCCGACUUUUCGGUUAACCCCGAGAUCCCUAUUGCUCUUGACUAUCCUGCCGGCAACCGCCCCAACACCUUCACUAGCUGGGGUCUGCUGUACGACAACCAGCUGAAGCCUGACAUUGCCGCACCUGGUGGCAACAUCUUCUCAACCUACCUCAACGGCGAGUUCGCCAUCCUGAGUGGAACUUCCAUGGCUUGCCCCUACGUCGCCGGUGUUGCGGCUCUCUACAUUAGCCAGCACGGCGGCCGCUCCGUCCAGGGUAAGGGUUUUGCCCGCGCUCUGUCGCGCCGCAUCAUCUCCAGUGGUUAUGCCUUGCCUUGGUCUGAUGGCACCGCCACCGAUUACGGUUACAGUGCUCCUCCGGCCCAGGUCGGCAACGGCCAGAUCGACGCCUGGAAGGUUCUUCACUAUGGUACCCAGCUCGAGUUCGAGAAGAUCCAGCUCAAUGACACUCGCUACUUCUCUCGCUACCACGACGUUACCGUCACCAACAACGGCAAGUCUGACGUGACCUACAAGUUCUCCGUCCAGCCCAACGCCGGUGUUGACGCUCUUGCUUGGAUUCCCGCCACGGCCGGCCUUCCCGGCACCAACCGAGUCAAGACCUUUGCCCAGCUCCGCCCCAAGACCUAUACCCCCGAGAUCAGCUUUCCCCGUGACUUCACCCUGAAGUCUGGCGAGAGCAAGACCGUCUCUGUGAACUUUGGCAACCCUGACACCCUUGGCUGGAACACCACCGGCCUGCCCCUGUACGGAGGCAAGGUCAUCAUCCAGGGCAGCAACGGCGAGCAGGUGUCCGUUCCCUAUGCCGGCGUCGGUGCUGACCUCCGCAACACCCUUGGCGGCGUCCACGAGGCCGGUUGGCCCCAGUCCGUCUCCACCGUCGACGACACCCCCAUUGGUGAGAAGGCGACCUACUCCUUCGAUCUCAGCAUCGAGGCCCAGGACUUCCCCAAGAUUUUCCAGAAGCUCCUCUGGGGAACCCGCCAGACUCGCUGGGACAUCUUCGACGCCAGCUGGACGGAGCGCCAGUGGGUCUACCCUCCCGUCGAGGGCCAGAACGGUUACGUUGGCUCUGUCGCUUCGUGGGUUGGCUCCGGCAACGUCCAGACCUUCAACCCGGCGCAGUACGACCCCGAUGAGACCUUCACCUACCCCAUCACCGACGUUGAGCGCAGCGCGGCUGGGCUUUACAAUGAGCACUGGUGGUUCGGCAAGCUGGGCAACGGCAGCCAGAUCGCGCCUGGCGAGUACCAGUUCCGUUUUGCGGCGCUCCGCCCGUUCGGCAACCCCACGCACGCGGACAACUGGGAUGUUUACAAGACGCCCAAGAUCACGGUUACCGGACAGUACUGA